AUGGUGGGGCGUGUAAUGCAUAUCGUGUGUUGUGUUAAUAAAUUCAUUGGUUAUUAUAUUGUACCAAAUGAUAUACAAUUUAAAAAUAGAAACUGUAGUAGUAGUAGUGGUGGUAGUGGUGGUGGUAACGCUAUUCAAACUAGUAGAUUUAAACUAUUUAUUAAAGAUCAUGAUUAUGAUGAAGAUGAAGAUGAAGAUGAUGAUGAUGAUGAUGAUGUAAUGAUGAAAAAGAUGGUGGCGAUAAAGAAGAUGAAGAUAAUGAUAAAGUAUUAUUAA